CACCCAAACAUUCUUAUGUUGCAUGAAGUGGUUUUUGACAGAAAAUCUGGUUCUCUUGCACUAAUAUGUGAACUUAUGGACAUGAAUAUUUAUGAGCUAAUACAAGGGAGAAGACACCCAUUAUCAGAAAAAAAAAUUAUGCACUAUAUGUACCAGUUAUGUAAAUCCCUUGAUCAUAUGCACAGAAAUGGAAUAUUUCACAGAGACGUAAAACCAGAAAAUAUACUAAUAAAGCAAGAUGUCCUGAAAUUAGGGGACUUUGGGUCCUGCCGGAGUGCCUAUUCCAAGCAGCCCUACACAGAAUAUAUCUCUACCCGCUGGUACCGGGCCCCCGAGUGUCUCCUCACUGACGGCUUCUACACGUACAAGAUGGACCUGUGGAGCGCUGGCUGUGUGUUCUACGAGAUCGCCAGUCUGCAGCCCCUCUUCCCUGGAGCCAACGAACUGGACCAGAUCUCAAAAAUCCACGAUGUCAUCGGCACGCCUGCUCAGAAGACCCUCACCAAGUUCAAGCAGUCGAGAGCUAUGAGUUUUGAUUUUCCUUUUAAAAAGGGAUCAGGAAUACCUCUACUGACAACCAAUUUGUCCCCACAAUGCCUCUCCCUCCUGCACGCAAUGGUGGCCUAUGAUCCCGAUGACAGGAUUGCUGCCCACCAGGCUCUGCAGCAUCCCUACUUCCAAGAACAGAGGGCAAUUGAGAAGCAGGCUCUGGCCAGCCACAGAAAGGCUUUCUUUCCAGAGCACCCUGUGGCACUGGAACCACUCGGUAACAACUGGCAAAUUCCAAAGGAGGGCAGAAAACAGAAACAGUCCCAAAAGCAAGAGGAGGACCGUCCCAAGAGACGAGGAGCAGCGUACCUCAUGGAACUGCCCAAACUGAAGCUUUCAGGAGUGACCAAACUGUCAUCAUACUCCAGCCCCGAGUUGCAGUCAGUGUUUGGGUCUGCAGCAAAUGGGAGAGCCCCGGUGUUGAGACCCUGGAAGUGCGCUGGCGUGGACCAGAAGACAGAUAUGCAGAAGGACAUUAAGCCGAACCUGAAACAGUGUCGCUUGCCCACAAUAGAAAGGAAAGGGGGAAGAUACUGA